AGGUACACACACACGCUCGCGCUCGCGUUCGCGUUCACUCUCAACUUUAAACUUUUCCAGCGUUCCUGCUGUUCGGAUCAACAACACUGAGGCUUCGGGACAGCGCGUGCGGAUUCUACACUUGAAGUGUCUGGAUUUCUCGACAUGGAUCUGUGGAAUUUUAAUCUGAGUCGAACAGGUUUGUGAAGUUUUAAUUCAUUUAGGAACAUGGAAACGAGUGUUCAGAAACGGCUCUCUCCUGACAGUGUUUUCGAUCGCUCCCGCAAAGCUCUUGUUUUAUCUGGAUAAUAAUUUUUAAUUUUUUUUUCCCGUCGCAAUUUUUAUGUCGGACCUCAUGGGAAACGUUUCCAGGCGUUCACAGUGGGAUCGUGAUGUGUGUUUGAUCAGAGUGGAAUAACUGAGAGACAUUGUUGCAUUGAUGGAUACGGUGAUUCUGCUACAACCUGUUACAUUCUGGAAUGUUUGGAAUCCUUUGAAGUGGACGCGGCGCACCGCACAAUAAUGGAGUCAUUAUGACGUCACGUUAUCAAUCACGACGCGCGAGAAUCCACGGGGGAAUCUGUAAUAUUAUCGAUCCGACCUCUAGGAGAUCAUAUGAAACUCUUUUUGUCGUUUAAAUCAAUGCUCGCUCCAGGAGUCUGUCCGCUGUCAAUCACCCUGUCCCUCUGUCAAUCGCGUUCUGUCAGUGAUACGGGCCAGUCCCCAACUGAAGUUCCAUUGAAUUGCUUGUAAUACUCUUUUGCUUCAAAUCUCAACCCUGCAGAGCUUAUAAAACUAUCCACUCUAAAAGCCACUGGGUUUUUGGACAGUUUCAGUGACCUCUAAGGAUUUUCCUGUCUAUUAUCUGAGCUCUGAUUGGACGGAUAGCGCAUAAUGUAUGGCCGGGGCCCGCCGCUGCAGCCAGGACAAUGAGGGUUCCUGUGCAGCAUUUGGCCGGGCUCUGGCCGUGGCUGCUCAUGGCUGCCUCGCAGGUGGCGUUGGGCCACACGGGCCUGGAACUAGCCGCUGCCGUGGAGUCCGAACGCUCCGCACCCAGAGCCACGAUCAAGGUGUCGCUGCUGAAGCAGGAGCCCACCAGCAAGCCCAUCACCCUAGAAGGGGUGUUCGCCGGGGGCAGCGCAGGCUAUGCUGAAGGGAAACUGAUGCAGUCUCACCCGCUGUCUCUGUGUAACACCAGUGAAGAUGACCGUCAGGAGACCAUCUUCAUCAGCAUCGUCAAACUCGAGAGUCCAGAGAGCAAAGUGCCGCAGUGCCAGCCGCUGCUGGAUAAAGCUCGUCUGGCUCUUCAGAGAGGUGCUCAGGCGGUCAUCUUUGACAUCACAGAUGAUCCCGGUGCUGCUCAGGAGCUGCGUGAUUCAGGUUCGUUGCCUCGUCCAGUGGUGCUGGUGAAGUCAUCAGAUGCAGAAGAACUGAUGGGACUCGUUAAUAAAAACGAAGAAGCCAUGGUGUUCAUAGACAUCAUGAUGGAGACGCAAAAAUGGCCUCACUAUGAUGUUGGCAUCCUGUUGACUGUGGCUCUGGUUGUGUUGGCCAUCAUCAUGAUCUUUGCUCUACGCUUCCGCUGCAGGUCCAACAGAACCUGGGACUCUGUGCACCAGCAGACCAUGCGUGCCAUCAGCAGGUUGGAAACACGCACAUACAGCUCUCAGGGUUGCUCUGGCUCCCAGCGUUCUCGUGGGGCUCCAGGGUCAAACAGCAGCUCCAAUUCCAGCCCAAUCUGUGCCAUCUGUCUUGAGGAAUUCAUGGAUGGCCAGGAAUUGAGAAUCAUCUCCUGUGCUCAUGAGUUCCAUAAGGAGUGUGUCGACCCCUGGCUUCUACAACACCGUACCUGCCCACUGUGCAUGCACAACAUCAUGGGUAAACAGCCUCAGGGUUCAGAUCUGGCAUCGCGUCAGCCCCAAAGAAGUCGAAUGCCACCCCCUCCACCUGAGCACAGUCAAGCCUUCCUCCUUCCCCAUCACUAUUCGAACCAACACCCUUAUCCCCAGCACCAUGUUCCCUUUUCCCUGCGGCAUCAUUACUCCCGUAACACCUCUGGACCUUUACCCCAAUUGGGCCACUAUGGAAACUCUCCCCCUCUUCAUCCACGUACUCUCCGUUGCUUUCCCAGCAGACCGUUGGGUGCUAGCUGUGUGUACCACUUGGCUCCGGAUGCCCAUCACGGACAUCCGCACAGGACAGGCGGGCAUGGGUGUCGCACGGGGGGGCAUCACUAUGCGGCCCCCAGAAGGUCGUGUCACCGGUGUCCCGGAGGACCUUUGCGGAACGCUUCGGGUUCUCGGAUGCAUCAUGUGGCAUCGUCCGCAAACCAUGCAACUCAUCAUCACCUGCCACGUGGAGGAGGCUCGCACAGUCGCCAGGAUGACGGCAGCUGCUCGGGAGGGAGUUACCAUACGGAGCGUAGCGGUUACCUUGCAGACGGACCGGCCAGCGAUUCCAGCUCAGGAUCGUGCCAUGGCUCGUCCAGUGACUCUGUAUUGAACUGUACGGACAUCAGCCUGCAGGGUGUCUAUGGCAGCUGGUCCACUUUUCGUAGCUCUCUCAGCAGCGAUUACGAUCCGUUUGUCUACUGCGGACCAGGCAAAGCUCCACGCAGAGGGAGCAUGGAGGCCACGCAAAGGCCUCGUUCCCUGGACUCGGUAGUGAACCGAACUGGGGGUGGAAGCGGCGGUGAUGCCGGUGCCAUUUCCCCGGAAGAACAGCAGCAACAAGUGGCUGUGUUCAGUCACGUUCACUAUCACAGGCAUAGACACCACUAUUACGAGGACGGGGAACUCAGUAAAGGACCCGGCCGAGGCUCUGACGAGGAUCAAGGGGCCACAUCCUCAGCCGCGGCAGCAAGCGGGCCUUGUCUCGUAACUAAAGAUAAAGACUCCUCCGGGUGUCAGGUACAGCACCAGUCUUGCCACUGCCCCAUAACAGACCUCAGUUCAAGGAGGGUUGAGGAUAGAGACCCGGACCCUGUUUCCUCCUCAGGUGCCUCUGUGAUCCUUCCCUCUCCUCCUUUAACCUCUCCCUCCCCACCCUGUUGCCACAAAGGCCCAGGGUGGACGACCGGUCGGAAAGCAGCUGGCUGUCCAUUGGAAGUGCCUUCGCCGGUUGUUCACUUCCAUCAAAACCUGGACCUUCAGGAUGAUUGUAGCAUUCAUAUCCACUACGGACAGGGAGCAGGAAGCUACUGCUGCACACCUCCGCCAGACAUGGCCCCCACGUUACUGCCAGUGCCCCUGAUCUUGGACUCGACAGGUAUGACCGACUGGCCGUGCUGUAGUGGGGCACAUGUGGUGUGGCAGAAGCAGGUGCAGCAGGCCCAUUCAGAGCCUCAGCUCCUGGGACCCACUUCUGGAAUGGAGAGACCCCUGUGUAGGGCCCAUCAUGGCCCAGGGGAUGAACUUCCCAUGGACAUCUGUCUGUACUGCCAAACUCUACACAAUAGUCAGGGGUCAGAGGAAGAGUCUGGUGUUUGAGAAAACUCUUCAUCCAAAACUCCUCACGCUGCUACACAAGAGCCGAAAUGGACAAAACUCUUCGGCGAUCUCUCGCUGUCUCUUUCGCUCACAUGUUGAGUCUUCCGGAUAAUUCCAAACAUCUUCUGCAAUAUCAAACUGAAUUACUCAGAAUCUCCAGACCUCAGAUUUCAUUCUCGCAAAGAAUUCAACAGUCACUGACGAUUAGAUGGGUUUUCCAAAGUACUCUUCAGUAGUGACGCUCUGUUACUAGCACCUUUCUAAUGUCCAGAACAAGUCAUUCUUGGUACUUUACCCAAUACGGUCCAAAUGCGACUUUUCAUAGACAAACAAGUGGUAUUAAUUCAGGCAGUUAUCAAAGGAUCUGGAAGAUGUGCAUGAGAUUGAGUAUGGUUUCUUCCUUUCCUUUGGUUUAAAACAGGAUUCAAUAAGUAUCUUCUCUUAUAAACAAGUCUGAGAAACAAGUCUCCUUGGUGAUCUUCAUGAAAACCCUUCAAGAUAUAAACAUGUCUUUCCGUAUUCCAUUGAGAUUUAGGGUGAAUCCCAUUUCUCUGUCUUACCCCUUCCCCUUCCCCUACCCCUUCGUCUUACCCCUAGCCCUUGUCCCUCGAAACCGAGUGGUAAGCGCUAGGGGUGAAAACAUACCACUAUGAAAUGAGACACCACUUGGUUACGGUUACGUCAUCAUACACCGUCGCUAGCUGGCUGCUACAUCACCAGAGCCGACAAGUGUUGAUCACAAACUUUGGAUCGUUUUACAAACUUGUUAAAACUGUAGAUAUGCAUGGAGUCCAUUCAAGGCUAGUCUGCGGGACUGUUGUGCAAAUCAGCAAUGUAACGUUAGCGUAGCAAACUAGCGAUUUUUAAAAAAUUUCAAUUAAGAACAUGGUUGCAAAUAUAUAUGUACAGGACUGUCUAGAGCACAAAACAAGACUGUCGCAAUUUUUAAAUAAAUUAUUUAAGCCGAAAAUACUUGAAUACUUGAUGAUCUGGUGUGUGUUCUGGGUACCCCUUGGUUUCAAGUAAGCUCGCGAAAAUUCUUGGUUUUAAGGGGUAUCUACCACUUCCCCUUAGCCCUACCCCUCGAUCAAAACGAGAAUUGGGAUAGCCCUUACUCUCACGUGAACGCGCAAAACUAAGGGGAAGGGGUAAGGGGAAGGGGUAAGACAGAGAAAUGGGAUUCACCCUUAGACUUGGCGUAUGUCCUUUAUGCAAGUACGUAGACGCUUCUAUCAACACAAGCUUGGUUGUCGUGUUCUGAAAUGUGUCAGAACCGAUUCAAUUGAUAAUGCAACGUUAGUGUAAUUGGUCUUGUUCUACAGUAAUUUUUCUCUUUCAGGUUAACUACUAUCAUGGCGGAAUUCUGUUUACAACAGCUACCUGAUUAAUAACAUAAUAUGAAGGUAUUGUUAUACCUUGAAGACUGAGAUACGAAGCAUGUACAACGAAACCAAGAGCUUGCAAUGCAUCGGCUGUGCACUUACUUCUGUGUUUGCGUACUUGCAUAAAGUAUGUUUCAUUAGUUCACUGAGCCUACUGGCUAAUUUUUAACUAUCUAGUCAUUGCGAUGCUACCCGCCUCUUCCAUUUCAUUUCUAGCUUUUUAACUAUGUGUUGGGCUACGUACAAGCGUCUGGCCUGGUUUUCCAGCACUACCUCAGAUAACCAAUCAGAAAGUCCUGUUGGCGAGACGGUACUUCAAAGGUACUUGUGCGUUGGCCUCUCGUUACCUCUGACAGAUAUUAACUCAGAGGAGCGAUAGGGAACUUUACUCUAUAUCAUCUGUCCUUGGAAAGGAGCAUUUCAUUGAGGUUUCAGGUCUCGGUUUUGUUAAUUCAGAAAUGGCAGCUGUUAUUUACAAAUGUUUGUGUCUUCAUUUAUUAAUUUUGCUCAUCAAAACUGAAUGAUUUGACUGAAUAUAUUUAGGGAAAGUUGUGAAGAUUUUUAUUUUUAUUUUUUGCUUUGUUUUGUUUCAUUAUUUUGGUCUGUUAAGCCUGUAAUGUUCAGGCUGAGAAGGACUACAUUUCCCAGAAUGCUUUGCUUUCACCUCUGUGACUCUCAUGUUCCCUUAAAGGGAUGCGACAUUUCAUAGAAACCAACCAGCAAUACAAGCUUACCAAAAGUGCCUCUGUAACCCAUGAAAUGAACACUUCAUGAAGUUUAUACAUACGUUUAUGUAGCCUGCUGUCAUGUUCCUGGCAAUACCAGCUGACACACAAAACUUGAGUUGACUCAAUGCGCAUUGCCUGCAAGCAUAGUUAUACUCUGUUACCCAGAAGUGUCUGUUGUCAUAUAUUGUAAAAUCCAACCUUUUAAAGGUAUGGUCUGGGUUCAAAACAAGCUAAAACAUGUGACAUGCUGGAAGUAAACCCUUCCUUUAGUUUGUAAAAAAAAAUAUCCGAUGCAGUUCUGAACCUGUACCAUUCCUUUAAUUAAAGAAAAGGAAACACUGGAAAUCUUGCCAUGACAAACACCUGAAUGUUUAUUUUUAUUUUAUUUUUGUCAGUAAAUGGUCAAACUGGUCAAAGGUCUCGAUCCUUUGAACCACAAACACCUCCCAUGAGUCUUUUUGGCUUCAUACUGUCACAUUUCAUCAAAAUGAGGCUGAAUCCCAAAUGAAAAUAUAUGCAAGACAAAAUCUAGUAAAUCCCAGUACAGGGUUCCCACACCUUAAGACCAAUGACUUUUCCAGUUGUUAUCGUAAAGAUUUUAAAGUCAUUUUAUAGAGAUUAGACUCAGAAAGAGAAACUUCCAGUCUAUUAAAGAUUUUAAAGCCGUGCAUAAUAGAGAAAGAAAGAAAUUAUUUUAACUGAAAUGUUAUUAUUUUUCAUAGCUUCUUUAGGCCUGGAAAUCAUGUUUUUUAAAUGACCUUGUAUUUCCAAUACUUUGUGUGGGAACCCUAAGUUCAGAUACUUGGAUGCAUCUAGACAGUCAUUUGUUCACUUUUUCGUCAACCAAAGAUAAGAAUUAUCCAAUAUUUUCAUUAAGCUGCAGUGAAUUUUGUAAGUAAUUUUAGUAAUUAAAUCAAGAUAGUACGUAAACACAGCUAUUGCUACCAACUACCACAGAUUACGGAAGAUCCGCUUUGCACUUCCAUGUUGGCAUCUGUCUCAUACAGAUUCGCAUGUAAAACUCUUGGCUUUGUCUAGAAAGGAUGCAAACAGCACUUUGCCUUGGGAAAAACAAAAUCUGCAUGUGAUUUCAAGAAAGGAACGCAAAGCGAAACAAUCGAAGCACUAUGUAGCUACCAGUUCUACGUCAAUCAAACUAAACAGUGAGGAUGAUUUUAUUUUCUCUACCAUCGGUCCUUUGUGUUGGUCGUCAGUUAUGUCUGUAUUGUUCAUACGCUCUCUUUUCCACAGAAAAUCAGUUAAAACUGCCUUUUUUAAUAGAGCUAAAUCCCUUCAGAAAUCAAGGGAUAUGCCAGUAUAUGUUCAAUAUUUUGUGUAAAAAAAAAAGAAAGAAAGACAAAACGGUUAUAAAAUAAAGUGUUGUAUUUUAUAUAUAAUAGAACAUUUCAAUAUGGUUAAUGUCACUAAUAUAUUUAUUUACUAAUAUAUUUAUCCAUUUUUGUCCAGGUCUGAGAAAAAUUUUUAAAUGUUAUUUUCUCACUUUUGGAAUGAUAUUCUUUAUGAAACGUACAGCUGCCAUCAUAGAUGUAUAAACCUGGCAUCAUUCCGAUUAUAUACAAAUAAAUUAUUUUGAAAUAAAAAUACAGAGAAUGUGGUGUUCAUUUUAUUUGAUUUAAUAUAUAAUUGUAUACACACACACACACACACACACAGUAAGUAAUGAUUAAAAUUAUGGUCCCUGUUUUUACUUUUUUUUAAUUUAAUGUUUUAGCUAUUUCUUUUUCUUUUUAUCUUCUAUCUUUUUUUUUUUUUUGGAUCUUUGUAUUAUGUAUGGGUAGUAACUAUUUUGUCUGAAGGAAGGGACUCAAGCCAUAUUCAAUAAAUAAAUAAAUAAAAACUUGAGUCUACUUAAAAAAAAAAUUUUAACAAAAGAGUUUUCCCAACUUCAAAAGUUGUUAAUUUUUAAAAGUUAUAGUGGUUGUUCACCCAAACCCGAUCAAACUUCCUCAGCAAGUAUAUUAAAUGUUUAUUGAAAGUUAAAUUAGUGGUUGAAUAAACUACUAUU